UGGGCAUUCCGGAGCAAAGCUUACUAUGGCGACUACUGACCAUCGCAAAAAGUACCUUUGUCAUCAUGGAUUACUGUUACCAAAAGUGGCACUGUCUGAAGAGAGUAUCCAGUUCAGUAUGGCGUUUGAAGUUCAAGAUGAUGAUAUCUUUGCAGUCACUUAUCCUAAGUCUGGCACAACAUGGAUGCAAGAGAUUCUGCCCCUGAUUCUAAAUGGCGGGGACCUGACACCAGUACAGACCAUCCCAAACUGGGAUCGAGUUCCCUGGCUGGGGGGGCCCCGCGCUCCCCUGGUUCUGGGCGACCGGCCCCCUCCUCGAGUUAUGGUCUCCCACUGGCCCUACCACCUCAUGCCCCCCUCUUUCUACACCUCCAAGGCCAAGGUGAUCUACGUCACCCGGAACCCCAAAGACACUGCCGUUUCAUCCUUUCAUUUCCACGGGAUGGCCAGCUACCUUGAUGAUCCUGGAACCUUUGACCAGUUCCUGGACAAAUUUCUCUCCAGACAGGUCAUUUAUGGCAAGUGGACAGAUCAUGUGAAAAGCUGGAGAAACACAGAUAUUGAAGGCAGAAUCCUCUAUAUGACCUAUGAUGCAGCUGUUUUCCUCCAGGACCUGAGGGCAGCCGUGCUUAGGAUGGCUCAGUUCCUGGGCCGAGAGCUGAGUCCUGACAUCCUGGAGAAGGUGGUUGAUCACUGCCAGUUUAACAACAUGAAGACCAACAUCAUGUCCAACUACUCCCUGGUGCCGAAGGACAUCAUGGACACCGGCAAGUCUCUGUUCUUGCGGAAAGGAACCACAGGAGACUGGAGAAACCAUUUCAAUGCUGAACAGGAAGCCAGGUUCUCUGCCAUUAUAAAAAAAGAGAUGGAAGGAACCAGUUUUAAAUUUCCUUGGGAUGACGAGUGACAGAGUAAAAUAAAACUUUAGGAACUAAUAGAGCUCCUCAUCUCACACAGCUGAGAUUUCAGAAACAAAGAAGUUAGAAAACAUUAGUGAAACACCAGUGCUCACAAAUGAAGUAUAUGGCAAUCAUUCAUCUUAUGUUUGGUAAUGUUUAGUUCUCUACGUUUCUUAGUUCAAAUGUUGAUUCAUAUAUUUUCACUCCCACAAUCAAAGGUACAUGUAGAAAUCACUAUAAUUAUAUCCACAGUUGCAUUUUGCAAAUUACUCAUUCAGUUCUAUUGAACUCUCAUUUUAAGCCCU